UCUAUUCCGUCCUCAACCAUUUGCACGGUUUGGCGCGCUGUAUAAAAUUAUUCGGUACUGUCAGAUUGCGAGGAUGAAUAAGCUAUUGCAGUCUAUUUCUGACAAGUUAAGACAUUUAGAAUCAAUUGCGACACCAGAUGCGGUAAACUAUGUUGAAGCAUGCCUCAAAGUACAGAAUCAACAGUUGUUGCACAGGAUAAAAUCGUUAAAAGAAUCAGUUAUUCAACAGGAGCUACUUCUUGGAUUAAACCAACAAUAUCAUUUACCAUCUGUUAAGGCUGUAUCCAGUGUUUCUAAUUUAAAUGGAAAUUCACUGGAAAUCGGACCAUUGUCUGAAAAAAAACUAGUGCCUGAAGAGCAACCCGAACAGAGGACAGAGGUACAAACAGACUCACUGAAAACUAAAAAUCCGAAGACCGAACGUAAAAUACCAGAUGGAAAACCACAACCUGCUGAGAAGCCUGUUGAUAUUGGUCGUCUGGAUCUACGUGUCGGUCGAAUUAUAGAUGUAAAUCGACAUCCUGAUGCUGACUCGUUAUAUGUAGAGAAAGUUGACUUGGGUGGAAGUGAAAUACGCACUGUUGUCAGCGGGCUGGUGAAAUAUCUGCCUAUCGAAUCACUACAAAAUCGAGUCGGGAUAUUUCUCUGCAACCUUAAGCCAGCAAAAAUGCGUGGUGUUGAAUCAGAAGCAAUGUUGAUGUGUGCAAGCUCUCCAGAUACAUGUGGAGUAGAGCCUUUGAUUGUCGAGGGCCCAGAUAUACAGUUAGGUGAUUCAGUUGUGGUUCCUGGAACUAGACACGAUCCUGAUGACCAACUUAAUCCCAAAAAGAAAAUUUUUGAACAAGUGAAGCCAGAUCUUAGAGUAAACGAAAACGGGAUCGCUAUGUAUAAAGAUGUUCCAUGGACACUAAAAGGGUCUCCUCUUGCUGUGAUUAAAUCACUCAAAGUCAAAGACGCUCAAAUAGCUUAGUCGCUAACUGCACCCUUUGUAAAAUAUGCUAAUAGUUAUACAUAUUGUUUUCGGGAAUU